AUGGCGAUACUAAGUCGACUUGGGCCCCAAGGGUUGCUGGCAGUCCUGCUGCUUGCUUCCCCCACCCUGGCCCACGGGGGUCAUGAGAGUGUCCCCGAGGGUGCCGCCAUCUCCGAGGAUCCGAUUGACACAACACUAUGGAUACAUAUGAUCCUUAUGGGGUUUGCCUUUGGCGUUAUCUUUCCCUUGGGCAUGGUUCUUGGGAUUAUACGCUCGCGCUGGCACGUCCCUCUCCAGAUUGUCGGAACGAUUAUCGCUGUGCUCGCAUACUUCCUCGGACAUGCUCACAAAGGCCGCCAGUUCUCGAAGAACGUCCACGCGUCCUUUGCGAACACACUGAUGCUCAUGAUGGUGGUGCAGAUCGUCCUCGGCGUCUAUCUCAAGCUGCACCUUACCAAGGGAAUUCAUGGCCGGAUCCGCCGGGUUAUUGUGAUUGCGCACGGAGUGGUUGGAAAGGCGAUGCCUGUGGCGAGCUGGGUCCAGAUGCUCUUCGGAGGAAUCACUGCCAUGGGAUUCUGUCGGGAUGAUCACUUGGGACAGUGUCUGGCUCAUUUCAUCAUGGGCAGCGCUUUCAUCGCCUACGGUAUCCUGCUGACCAUCCUACUCCUCGUUGGCCAGUACUGGCUGCGCCGCACUGGCCGCAGCCAGGAGUUCUUCGACUCGUUGAUCAUCGCUGCAUGGGGAUGUGUCAACACCUUCACGGAACACCGUUGGGGAGGUCCCUGGGUCCACAAUGAUUUGCAGCACACUACUAUGGGUGUUGUCUGGUGGUGCGCCGGUCUACUGGGUAUUUGGAUGAGCCGGAAGCGCAACGGCCGGCCCAAGCGGAACUUGAUCCCAGCCAUAGUCAUUCUCCUCACUGGUUAUGCCAUGUCUGCCCACCCGCAGACUCUGAUGAUCAGCACUAUGAUCCACUCCAUCUUCGGCUACACGUUAAUGGCUGCCGGUUUCACCAGAAUCAUUGAGAUCUCCUUCGUGCUUCGGGACAAGGGCUCUGUCAGCCCGGACGGAUCUGACCCUAACAGCUUCCAAUAUCUCACGCCUUUCCUUCUGUACGCCUCGGGCUUCCUCUUCAUGGGCGCCACCGAAGAGCAGAUGCAACUCCUGAACGAUGCAGGAAUUACUCACGUCUCCUACGUCCUGAUUCUCUACAGCAUCGCCUUCAUUCUCUUCCUAUGUAAGACCACCUCCCUUCCCCCCAAAAACCAGAGAACCACACUAACCCCACCCCCAACACAGUCGUCAACGUGCUCCUGCACAUCUACGCCGUCCAUGCAUGGCCCGAAUCCGCACAAGCGCCUUCCCAUUCGCGCUCUUCCAGCGCUGCAGAUGCCGGCGAGGGCUCAUCCCGCUAUAGACCGACCGCCAACGGCCGCCUCAUGA